CGUCCAAGUUCAUGCAUCUCUCUAGUCAAUUUUCUCCUUCCCGAUUGCUUUCUCCUGCCCAACUCUGCAUUUUCCUCUUCCCAUAUCGCAAAGGUUGCUUUUGUCACCUGUUGAAUCGCUACCUGAAAGAGGAAAUGUCCUCCUCAGUUCUCCAAAGCAUAAUUUAAUCAAGUAAUUGGAAGCACAAUAUCAUUUUUAGCAUGAUCACAAAUAUACAAAAAACAUAGUUGUGGCCAUAAUGUCGCCAAGGCUAGUUACAUCGAUAGAGAUUGAAGCUGUUAAUGCUGAUGAAGAUAUCAGGGAUACCCAGAGGUUGAAUACGCUAUGGCCACUUGAUCAAGUGGAUCCUAAGAAGGCUAAGUUUCCUUGCUGCAUAGUCUGGACUCCUCUUCCGAUAGUUUCAUGGUUGGCACCUUUUAUUGGCCAUGUUGGAAUUGGUCGUGAAGAUGGGAAUGUUUUGGAUUUUGCUGGUUCCAAUUUUGUGAAUGUGGACAAUUUUGCAUAUGGUGCUGUUGCCAGAUAUCUUCAACUUGACAGGGAACAGUGCUGUUUUCCACCUAAUUUAUCGGCACAUACAUGUAAGCAGCCAUACAGACACGCCGAACUAGGGACUGCAAUCUCAUGGGACGACACGCUACAAUCAAAUAUGCAGCACUUCCAGCACAAAUACUAUAACCUCUUCACCUGCAACUGUCAUGUCUUUGUUGCUGCCUGCCUGAAUCAGCUGGCAUAUCGUGGUUCUGUGCACUGGAACAUGUUAAACGUGGCUGCUCUCAUCCUCUGGAAAGGGCAGUGGGUGGAUGGCAUGUCAGUCUUCAGAUCAUUCUCCCCCUUCACAGCAGUGCUCUUCGUGGGGAUCUUGGUGGCCGGCUGGCCGUUCCUGAUUGGAAUGGCAGCAUUUUCUUCUCUCCUGAUCGGGUGGUUCAUUGUCUGGACUUACUGCAUUAAGAUUUCAGAUUGAUGUCGGUCGGCCUUUUGGGUAGGGCCAUGGAGCUUCUUUUGCCUUAGACGAUAAACAGUCUGUAAAUGCUAAAAUUUGCUUGUUGCUGCACUUCUUUGAAAUAAGUGACAGUGCCAAACUCAGCUGCGAUCUUGGGAGCAGCCUGAGCUAUCGUUCGAGUCGACGAGUUAAAACCCUUCUUUUUUCUCUUUCAGAUCAAUGCCAAAAUAGUUUGUAUACAUAGACGUGUUUGCUUAUGCAUUAAAGAGGUGCCAUCUUCUCAAGCA